AUGCUUUUCAUUUUCUCCCUCCUUUUAGUCCCAUUUACAGCUAACGCAGCUAUAACAGGGGACUUGAAUUGCACUUCUUACAACGGAACUUCGUUCGUCUACACCCCAGCCGCCGUAGCCUGCUCCAACACCAUCUCCGAUGCAGCUUGCCAAGCUCUUUACGCUGCUCCAGACACCACUGCCGGAUACCCAUCUGCUGGAACAGAUGCUGAACGGCCACUGGCUUGCUACACAACCGCCACAGCUACUCCAGCAGCUAUUGUUCAGGAUAUGAAGACUGCUGCUUUGGAGACUUGUGCCAAGACUUGUGGAUUGUGCUGUCAGACGGAUGCAUACAGUUGCAGUAAUGUUGCUUACCCACGCCUCGACUGCUCAACAAUCACCACUGCUCAAUGUAACUCUAUCAUCUGGAGAUCCAUCAUUGCCACCGACUGCCCAUCUGCUUGCGGAUUCUGUAACGAGGGAGGAUGUGUUGAUGCUCUUGUUGACUGUGCCACUGAUAUCUCAAUCUGCACUACAGUUGGAAUGCAAGAUUUCGUGAAUACCUACUGCCAAAGAACAUGUGGAAGAUGCCCAUCAUCUACUACUGCAUCAUCAAGCUCCACAGCUUCAUCUUCCUCCACAUGCACUUCUUAUAAUGCGGAUAGUUCAUCUCUCUGUUCCGACUGGGCAGCCAAUGGAUUCUGCACCAAUGCUUUCUACACAAGUGCUCAAAGAAAAUCAUAUUGUGCAACUACUUGCAAGAUUUGCUAA